AUGGCUCCCAAGGUGCUUGUUGUCCUUACCUCCCAGAGCCAGAUCCCUGGCCAUAACCACCACACCGGGUGGUACCUUCCUGAGUUUGCCCACCCAUGGGAGGUCCUCCAUGAGAAGGUUGAGCUCACCGUCGCCUCCCCCAAGGGUGGUGAGGCUCCUCUCGACCCCGACUCCGUCAAGAUGUUCGAGAGCGAUCCCGUGUCGACGAAGUUCUUGAAUGAGCAGCAGUCGCUUUGGAAAAACACACACAAGCUGGCCGAUUUCCUGCCUCGGGUUUCCGAGUUUGAUGCCAUCUUCUAUGUCGGUGGUCAUGGACCUAUGUUCGACCUUCACGACAACGAGACCUCCCUCGCCCUUAUCCAGGCUUUUGCUGCUGCCGGGAAGCCCGUUUCCGCUGUCUGCCACGGUCCGACCGUAUUCAUUAAGGCGACUACCAAGUCCGGACAGCCUCUGCUAGCAAACUCCACCGUGACCGGCUUCACCAACGUCGAGGAAGAACAGGCACAGCUAACCAAGCUCAUGCCCUACCUAGUAGAGACUGAGAUGAACAAGAUUCCGGGAUGUAAAUUUGUCAAGGCCGAUCAGCCGUGGGGCGAGAAGGUCGUUGUUUCGAAGACGUCCGACGGCGCCACUUUGAUCACCGGUCAAAACCCGGCCAGUGCGACCGGCGGCCGUUCAAGUACUAAAUUGGCCAAGACUCUAGCAGCGGCCAAAGGCGAUGCGACAUUGCAGAGUGUGUACAUCUUGAUUGUAUCCGCUCAUAUGAAGAGAUAUGCAAGGGAUAGAGCUGGAGGCCCGUCGGCCACAUAUUUAAAGAACGAGUUGGCUGGGUUAACAGUCGCAGCUCAAGGUUCGCAGGACGGCUACGACCGCGAUAAAUUCCCUCACUGGAUCGGCCAGGGCCAUCAAUGCGAUACUCGGGAAGUUGUCCUAGCUCGCGAUGGAAAAGACAUCGUUAAGAACAGUGCCUGCUCUCCGACCAGUGGAACAUGGUACUCGCCGUAUGACGGAAAGACCUGGAAGGACAAGAGCGAUCUAGAUAUCGACCAUGUUGUGCCACUUUCAAAUGCAUGGAAGAGCGGGGCCUCGGAUUGGACCACCGAUCAACGUAAAGCUUUGGCCAAUGACUUGGAUAACCCUCAGCUCGUCGCAGUGACGAACUCUGUCAAUCGAGAGAAGAGCGAUGAUGGACCAGAGGAUUGGAAGCCUCCUUUGGCUUCGUAUCACUGCACCUAUGCGAAGAUGUGGGUUCGAGUCAAAACGGUGUAUAAUAUGACUAUUACACAGAACGAGAAGAGUGCUCUUGUCGGUAUGCUUGAUACGUGUAAGUGA